CAAUCGUGCGGUGCUUGAGGGUGUCAGCGCGGUCAGUGGCGGCGCUGAGAAGAGCGGCUGUCGCCAUGAUAGAGCAGCAGAAACGCAAGGCCCCAGAGUUGCCGCUGGUCCCAGUCAAGCGACAGCGGCAUGAGUUGCUUUUGGGAGCGGCGGGGUCGGGCCCCGGCACAGGGCAGCCGCAGGCAGCUCCGGGAGCUUUGCUGCAGGCGGGGCCUCCAAGGUGUUCCUCCCUUCAAGCCCCAAUCAUGCUCCUCUCAGGACAUGAAGGGGAAGUGUACUGCUGCAAGUUUCACCCCAGUGGAUCCACCUUAGCAUCUGCAGGAUUUGACCGACUGAUAUUGUUGUGGAAUGUCUAUGGUGACUGUGAUAACUAUGCGACAUUGAAGGGACACAGUGGAGCAGUGAUGGAACUACAUUAUAAUACAGAUGGCAGCAUGCUCUUCUCAGCAUCCACAGAUAAAACUGUGGCAGUGUGGGAUAGUGAAACAGGCGAGAGGGUUAAAAGGCUGAAAGGACAUACUUCCUUUGUGAAUUCCUGUUAUCCAGCCAGACGGGGCCCCCAGCUUGUCUGCACUGGCAGUGAUGAUGGUACGGUUAAGCUUUGGGACAUCCGGAAAAAAGCGGCCAUCCAGACAUUUCAGAACACCUACCAGGUGUUAGCUGUGACCUUCAAUGACACAAGUGAUCAGAUUAUUUCUGGUGGAAUAGACAAUGAUAUCAAGGUCUGGGAUCUGCGCCAGAACAAGCUGACCUAUGCCAUGAGAGGCCAUGCAGAUUCUGUGACUGGCCUGAGUUUAAGUUCGGAAGGCUCUUACCUCUUGUCUAAUGCAAUGGACAAUACAGUGCGGGUCUGGGAUGUUCGGCCAUUUGCUCCCAAAGAGAGGUGUGUGAAGAUAUUUCAAGGAAAUGUGCACAACUUUGAAAAAAAUCUUCUGAGAUGUUCUUGGUCACCUGAUGGAAGCAAGAUAGCAGCUGGCUCAGCCGACAGGUUUGUGUAUGUGUGGGAUACCACAAGCAGGAGGAUUUUGUAUAAGCUGCCUGGACAUGCUGGCUCCAUCAAUGAAGUGGCUUUCCACCCUGACGAGCCCAUCAUUCUCUCGGCAUCCAGUGACAAGAGACUCUAUAUGGGGGAGAUUCAGUGAAGAUACAGGAUGGAAGACUGCAAGGCUACUUGAUCUUGAGACCUCAGUCUGCAUACAUAGCAUCAAAUGAUGCCCAGGCCAGCAUCCUACCUUCAGAUUAAGAUCAUUACUAGCAAGAAACCAGGCCGAGGUGGCUCUAUUCCAACAACCACUUGUUUCCCAUUCCACCAGGAUGAUUAAGGCAAGCUUGCAGUGACCUCUAAAAACCACCUGCCAGAUUUCAGGGACUGUUUGGGGAGUUUUUCCUCCUUUUUUAAAAAAAAUAAGGUUUCUUCAUAAGGGACAAACAUUGGUCGGUUUAUAUUGUCCUGUUUUCUAAUGCAGGCUGAAGAUAGGAAAUGUUACUGAAAUUUGUUUGUUGGGGAUCAUUUUUUUUUAAUUCAAUAACUGGCUUAUAUGAUAUUUUCUUUGUGUUUCUCUGAGUUGUUUUGUAUUAAAAACCAAAUAGAUGCCUUUUUAUAAGA